AUGUUCGGUGUGAACUUGUGUCGAAUGAAGAGAUUGGAGGGUUGUUCUCACCACCAGACGACGACCAAUUGGCGGUGUUCUACAUUCGAGUUUUGCGUGAAUACGACCUUCACUUUGACGCGGUCUGCGGGACAUCGUCGCUCUUUUCGCGUGAAACGGGCUGUGCUUUUGUGCAUUGCAUGCCGGACAGCAUCAGAGCUGCAACUCACUUUCGGCAAAGAGAAUGGCAAUUGA